CAGAAGCCAAAGUGUAGUAUUUGCACGGAGGCAAAGUCCCCCGUGCGGCCGCCCGCGUCCCAGGUCUGUCUCGCGUGGGGACAUACAGUAGGCAAUUAUUAGAAAGCGAAAAUACAAAAAGAAAUCGGUGCGUUUUGGGCGCGAAACGUCGACGCGCCUCACAGGAACGCGAAGAAAAGGCAAGGAGAAGGGCGCGCGGCCGGGACGCGGGGCCGGGGGAUUGCAUCAUUGCUGCUCCCCCUCCAGAAAAUGGGCUCCGAACCGCGGCGACCAUCAUGGCGCUCGGGUCGGGCCGCGCUUCCCGCGCGCCUUCCCCGAGCGCUCGGGCCGCGGGCACUGAGCCCCAAACGAGCGUUUUGCAAACACCCCCCCCCCCCCCCACACACACACACACUAACUCGGGCGCCUAUCCCCCCACCCCCUCCUCCCUUUUGUGUCAUGUAUGUGAGUGCGUGCGUCCGUCUGAGUGUGUGUAGGAUUAGAGAACUCGAAGAUUAUUUUUUUUCCUUUUUUUUUUUUUCCCCUCCCUUGCUGGUGGUUGUAAACUUGAUUGGCAUUGGCUGCGCCCACUGACCCCUGCGCGGAGUCCACUGCAGAUUUAAGGUGGAUCCGAAAGACUGCGGCUUCAGGCGGAGUCCCGAGCUUUAGCUGGUUUGGGAGGAAAAGGAGGAAAGGGGAAGGGGGAAAAAAAAAAAGGUCCCAAACCGUGCGCCCGGCGCGUUUUCACGAAUCCCCUGCGGUACCAGCCCCCGCGCCCCCCCUGCCCGGCGAGCUCUUCCUCCGCCCACCUCCCGCUCCUUCCCCAUUGGUCGGCCGGUGCAGUUUGAAUUUUUUCUUUUCGUUCUUUCUUUUUUUUUUUUUCGGAUGCUUGUUUUCUUGUAAAAAAAAUACAGUACCCCACCUCGUACUAUGAAACCCACUACGGCGGCCCGAGGUGGGGUGUUUUAGCUGGUUUGGGGAAGGCCGGGGCGGAGGCGGAGCAUCUGUGCCAACAUUUUGCCCCGAAGUGCCGUUGACAUUGUGCAGGCGGGUAGGGGAGCGUGGGGCCGCGGUAAACAAACUGAGUAGCUUCGGCGGGGACAGAGAUGUAGUAUAAAACGUUAAUGGAUGUCCAGGGCGCACCGUUUCGCCGGCUGCUGGCCAGAGGUGCUAGGGAGUUGCUGACAGGAGCCCGGGAGAGGAUGCACCUUCCCCUGCCUUGGAAAGAGCAAAAGUGGAUGGACUAAGUUUGCAUUGAUGUGGCUCAAGAAUCCCUCCCUCUACUUGUCCUCAAGUUGCUAGAUGCCAGUUAUUUAAAUAUGAUGGAGAAAUCCUCCCCAGGUGAUGAUUUUCUUAGGCCUAAGCAAUUCCACUAGAAAGGGGUGGUGGAAAAAGCCCCUGAAGCACAAGAAGAAAAACGCUUCCUGGUUAUUGUGGGAGCUCUGUUACUGGACGGAAUUCAUCUUCACUGCAACGCUAUGGCGCAGGCACCUAAAGGUCAAAAUGGCCAUGGAAAUGAAAGGGUUCUGACCAGCUGGGUGGGAAAGAACAGCUCCACCAAUAAGGUCGAAUGACUGAAGGUGUUUCUACUGCACAUUUCUGCCUUUGCAAGAAGGCACCCCCCCACCCCAAGUGCCUUCCCAGAGGUGGGGCGUCCUGGUUCUGAACUGGACCCGUGUGGCUCUUCAUAAGCAGUUUCCAGAUUUGCUGCUUCCCAUGGCUCUUUAUAAAGGAACAGUCUCCCAAAGUGUAUUUUGGCUAUCACUGCUCAUUCCUUCCGCCUCACUGAAGUUCGUUGAGAGGGACUGACAGCAUCAUCAGCUCUAGCUGCUGCCUUGAUGGACUUCAGCCAAUCUGCCUAUCCUAUCACAUUGUUUAAGUGACUGUUCCAGAGACGGGUCUGACCAGAGUCCACGAAAGGCAAGAAGACAUUCACUGGGUCUUCUAGGCUAGGUGUUGGGCAAUUUCACUUUUAGGAAUCUCUCCUACAGAAAUACUCACCUGUAUACAAACAUACACAUGACUACACCCAAGAAUAGUCACUGUACCAUGAUUUGUAAUAAACAAUUCAAUUGAAGAUAUGAUAAAUGGCCACCAGUAAAGGAAUGGGUAAGUAAAUCAUGACCUGCCCAUAAAUUGAGUGACAGCUACAUAUAUCAUCUUGGACAAAAAUAUAUGUAUAUAAGAAGGUCCUGGGCGUCUGGGUGGCUCAGUAGGUUAAAGCCUUUACCUUUGACUCAGGUCAUGAUCCCAGGGUCCUGGGAUUGAGCCCUGCAUCGGGCUCGCAGCUCAGCAGGGAGCCUGCUUCCCCCUCUCUCUCUGCCUGCCUCUCUGCCUACUUGUGAUCUCUGUCUGUCAGAUAAAUAAAUAAAAUCUUAAAAAAAAAAAAAAAAAAAAAAAAAGAAGGUCCGGGGAGGAAAAAGAACUCACUCCCAGGUGGUUCAAAUAAAGAGAUUUUUAAAAUAAGAUUUUAUUUAUUUAUUUAUUUAUUUAUUUAUUUAUUUGACAGAGAAAAAGAGAGCUCACAAGUAGGCAGAGAGGAAGGUGGGGUGGGGGGUAAGAAGGCUCCCUGCUGAGCAGAGAGCCCAAUGAGGGGCUCGAUCCCAGAACCCUGAGAUCAUGACUCGAGCUGAAGGCAGAAGCUUAACCCUCUGAGCCACUCAGGCACCCCUUUUAAAAUGAAAAAAAAAAAAAAAAAAACCUUUUAAAAAAAUUUUUGUUUAUUUAUUUGACAGAGAGAGAGCACAAAUAGGCAGAGCGGUAGGCAGAGAGUGAAGGAGAAGCAGGAUUUCCAGUGAACAGGGAGCCUGACGUGGGGCUCAAUCCCAGGACUCUGGGAUCAUAACCUGAGCCAAAGGCAGACACUGAAGAGAUUUUUCUAAAAAAAGAUUUCAUUUACUUAUUUAUUUGAAAGAGAGAGAGAGAGGCAGAUGGAGAGGGGGCAGCAGACUUCCCGCUGAGCAGGGAGUUCAAUGUGGGUCUCAAUCCCGGGACCUGGGGAUUUGAUCUUCUAAACUGAAGGCAGACACUUAACCAACUGAGCCACCCAAGUGCCCCUCAAAUGAAGAAAUUUCAAGAAAGGGGUUACUGACAGAGGCUGAGCAGUGUUAGGCCGACAAAGAAGAGAUGGGAAAUUCCUACAGACUAGUAAUAGUGGAAAGCCAUUACCCUCCCUAGGGCUUCGGGUACAGGGGAGAGGACAGAACAGGAGCCCAGUGACAUUUGGAACGAUAGAGGCAGGGCCAUCAAUGGAACUCUAGACAAAAAGGGAUGAAUCUCCUGCAAGAGACAGAGCUGCGACUGGUGAAAGCAGGCAAAGAACACUUUGACUUCUUCCCUCCUAUGCUCUGAUCUCUUGCUAGUCCCUCCCAUUGGCUGGCCCCAGUAAGAAACAUCUGGCGAAGGAGGCUGAGUGAAACCAUCCAUAAGGGUCAGCCUGCUGGGACACGGAGUAGGACAGAGAGAAAGUCCAAAAAAUGACCUUCGGGGAUAAGAAAAUGGCUAGCAGGAUGUUUAUGUUAUAUUUUUUAAGUGAAAAAAAAAAGUUGCAUAGCAAUAUAUACAACAGUAUGCUACUUUCGUAAAAGAAACUCACAACACAUAUUUGCAUAAACAUUAGAUAAGAACACGUGGCAAACUAUGAACCUCAGUGUUGCUUCUAGAGGGUGAGAACAGAUGGAGAAGGAAAACUUUCUAAAUUUCUACAUUUUUAUAUUACAUAAACAUGUUACAAAAAGUACUUCUCUGGUGGCUAGGGAAAUCAAGAUAACUAUAUUUCCCAUGAAAACAGAGUAUUUUUAUAGUUAAUGUGAAGACCAAGUAGGAGAACCCCUAAGUGAUUAAUAGUUAACUCCUUCAUGGGCGCUGCAGAGAGAAACACUCCCCAAUCCAUGUUAAUUAUUAUUAUUAUUUUUUUAAAGAUUUUAUUUAUUUACUUGAGAGAGAGAGAGAGAGAGAGAACACAAGUUGCGAGGGAGAGGAGCAGAGGGAGAAGGAGAAGCAGACUCUUCACUGAGCAGGGUGCCCCAUGCAGGGCUCCAUUCUGGGACUCCAGGAUCAUGACCUGAGUGGAAGGCAGACACUUAUGUGACUGUCCCACUCAGGUGCCCCUAUUAUUAUUAUUUUUUAAAGGUUUUUAAGUUUAUUUUUAGCGGGAGAGGAGGGGGGUGGGGCAGAGGGAGAGAGAAAAUCUCCAGCAGCCUCCAUGAUGAGUAUAAAGCCUGAUGAGGUGCUUAAUCUCACAACUCUGAGAUCACAACCAAGAGUCAGCUGUUCAACCGACUGAGCCACCCAGGCGCCCUACAUGUUAAUUAUUUUAAUGUUAAAGAGUAGAUUUUGUAUGCUGUAGUGUUGAUUAGGUUUCUCUGUUAUAAAGAUGAGAACUCAAAGUCUUUCAAGGAAUAAAAGGAAACUAAGGAUACACAGAUGGCUGAUGGAACACAGUGAUGGAGAAAAAGAAAAAGUGAGAUUCUUCUGUUUGCUUCCAGGGUGUGGACUCAGCUGCAGUCUUUCUGGCACCAGCGGAAGAGGCUUGUGGUAAAGAAGAUAUGCUGUAAUGGAGCCUAUGGGGCAAAUGCUUCUAUGUUAAUGAGGUAAUGUAUGUUUCACCCACGUGAUCCCAGGUGUGCUGUGCAUGUGUGCACACCUGUGGAGGGGGAAGGAGGACAAAAUCAAACUGGCUUCAGGGAGACUGGGCCAACCAAAGAGCUCUCAGUGUCAGAUUUGUCCAGAAGAAAAAGUAAGAUUAUAUAUUUUUUUCCAGAAGUGGAAAAAAAGUGGAUGCUUUCUUUUUCUUAUUUCUUUUAUUCCUUAGGCAUCGUUUUCUCUCUCCUCUGACACCCCACCAUAAUUUCCUACUGUAAAAUUUCUUCUCCCUGAGUAUAGGUAGUGUUAGUGGGAGGGUAAAGUUCUGUGACUAUCUUGCAUUUGGAGGCUGGAAUGAUUCACUCUCCCUCUCUCUACCCAGUGAAGACAGGGGAUGGGCACUUGACCUAAGCUCGGCCAAGCCAGUGGUCACUCCUAGAAUUUUGAUGCGUAAGCUGAUGCCAGUACAAGAAAGAGCAGGGGUUGGUCAGUGGCAACCAAACAGGCCAUUCCAGCUGUAGGACAGCUGCUAUCCUUCCAGCUUUGGUUUGGCAGAGCUCCUUGGUUCAUUCUCAAGUGCGCUCGUGCAGACACAUAUCAAUAGUUUCCAAUAGUUUGAUUAUAUUAGCCAGAGUGAGAUGAUUUCUAUAUUCCCAGAGAGACUCUAAUUCCCGAGAAAUAAUUGAGGAUAAAGAGAGUAUAUGAAAUGGCUUGUGGUAUCGUAGUUCAUCUUGGAAUAUGUAUCUCCUCCACAAGAAAAGCACUCUGGUAGACGGCCUGAUGGUUUGCAUUUCUUCCUCUUGCCUCCUGCUGUGGCAGGAGUUACUUCUUUAUCCCAUCUUUGUUGGCCAUGUGACUUGGUUGACCAAUAGAAUGUAAGUGGGUAUGCUAAGUACCAUGUCUGAGCAGAAACUUUAAGGAUGAGUUGCCAAUUUUGUUUCAAAAUAGAUAUUUUCUUGGGUACCUCGGUGGCUCAGCUGGUUAAGCACCUGUCUUCAGCUCAGGUCAUGAUCCCAGGGCCGUGGGAUCCGGUCCCACAUCAGAUUCCUUGUUUAGUGGGGAGUCUGCUUCUCCCUCUGGCCCUCUGCUGGCUUCUGAGUGUGUGCUUGCUCUCUCUCUCUCUCUUGCAAAAAUAAAUAAACAAAAAACCUUAAAAAAAAAAAAGCACCCCAAAAUACAUAUUUUUUCUUUUAUCUACUCCAUUCCGUCUUGGCAAUACUUGCCAAAUCCACAGUAAUCUCAUUCAUUUACUUUAGUAACCUUCUAACUCAUUUCUGGCCUUUUAACUGUGUUUCUCUGGAAACCGUCCUUCAUACAACUGUCAGUGAUGGCAAAUCUAACCCUGUAAAGUCACAGAUUAAAGCCUUCCCUGGCUCCCUGUCCUCCAUAUGGCAUUUGAGAGCCAUCAGGAUUUAUCUGUAUAUACCCUCUCAGCCUCAUUCCUGGAUAGUCCCAGCUUUAUGCUUAGCCAAGUGGAAUUGUCUAAAACAUCUUGAACAUUCCUCCAUGCCUUUGUCCAUUCUGUUCCCUUCUUCAGUCCUCUCCCUCCUAAUUCUGUCCAAAUAACAUCUGUUCAACUCUCAAGUAGAUACGCUUCCAGAAAGCCCUCCCUGGAACUUCCUAGGCAUGCACUUUCACUCUGUUUCCUCAAUGCACACACAUCUGACACUCUCCACAUCAACUUGAAAUGAUUUGUUCUAUAGCUUUGUCUAACAGACUGCCAUUUCCUGGGGGACAGAAAUGGUGUCUUAUUCAGGUUUUAAUCCUCAAAAUCUAGCAUGAUGCCUGGCACACAGUAGGUUUUCAAUACACAUUCACAGAGUGAAAUAAACCAAGCAAGUGAAUCAUUAUAUAAGAAAACUGGGUUGUCUUAAAUCCUACAGCUAGGAUUCCUAAAAGCUAAGGGCAUUUUAAAAUGGUUCUUCUGGAAAGCAGUAUAGUCACGUGUAACAAAAACUACAAAAUUGUUCUCCUUCCUUCACUUGGGAUUUUCCUAUUUGUGAAUACUCCCCAAAGAAAUAAUCCAAAUGGGUAAAAUGUACACAGAUGUUUCAGGCAACUCUAGUUAUAAUUGUGGGGGGAAAAAAAACACACCAAACACUGGAAGCUCUCCAAGAGUCUAAUAGGGAAAUGACUAAGCAAACAAUAGGAUUAUUACAUAGCUAUUAAAAAUGACAGAGGUGAGGACUGUGUCAACAUAGAGAAGUGUGUAUCUGCAGAAACGUUAAGUGGGAAAAAGAACACAGACGCGUUUAAACAAUAGUGGUUAAAGAGAAGUGUGUACAUUAACAAACUUCAGAGGCCAGAUUGGAAAAAUGAAGAUGGCUGGAGUUCACUGGUUGUUUUUUUUUUUCCCCCUGUGCAUUCCAUGAGUUGAUGACAAUAAUAGUUGAGAUAUCAUUGCAACAUAAUAUUCUGAAAGUCCUCUGGUGUAUAGUGAUCUAAGUAACCUACCAGCUUACAUAUUCCAAGAGAGAAUUUCAUGCUAAAUUCUCAAAAAAUUAUGAAAAUAAUGACAUUUCUUUGAGAGAACAAAAUACUUUAGUUUCUUUCUUUCUUUUCUUUUCUUUUUUUAAAGAUUUUAAGAGAGAGAUAGAGAGAUAGAGGAAGCAUGAGCAGGGGGAGAGGCAGAAGGAGAAGGAGAAGCAGACUCCUCACUGAGCAGGGAGCCUGAUGCAGGGCUCAAUUCCAAUACCCUGGGAUCAUGACCUGAGCCGAAGGCAGACGCUCAACUGACUGAGCCACCCAGGCACCCCUGUUUAGUUUAAUUCAACAAACAAUUCUGAGAGCCUCAUUAUGUUCUAGAGCACUUAUAUUCACAAGACAUUUAUGAAACACAAGGACAAAAUUCCUCAGAUGGAUAGGAGUUAUUCUUUUCACUUACUUUUAUUUGAGUGACUGUACAUAUUAGGACCUAUUAACAAAAGAAAGUUUGAGAGACCUCAUAGUCAUGACUAGUCUCCAAAGAGGUUCUAUGUAUAGUGACUGAGAUAUACUGAUAAAGAUUAAAAGGAAAAAUUCAUCAUCAUAUAAUUCUAAACUUGUGUUACUUUACCCCUGUAGUGCACUGUGAAUUAAUAUUUUAUAAAUCCUAUGCUUAGUUUGUGAGUAGUAAAAUACUGAUAUUGCAAGAUAUCAAUUAAAAAAAACCCACAACUUUUUAUAACUUGUUUGAGAAAUGUUUCAUUUUUAUUUAUUAAAGUUUUUUUAAGAUUUUAUUUAUUUAUUUGACACAGAGAGAGGGUAUACAAGCAGGGGAAGCGGCAGACAGAGGGAGAGGGAGAAGCAGGAUCCCUGCUAAGCAAGGAUCCCAAUUCGGGGCUUGACGCGGGGCUCAAUCCCAGGGUCCUGGGAUCAUGACCUGAGCCAAAGGCAGAUGCUUAACCAACUGAGCCACCCAGGCACCCCUCAAGUGUCCAUUCUUAUAAAUAAUUCAAAGUAUUAUGUUGACCAUUCUCCUAUACUUUCUCUUUCUUCAUUACAAGUCUGUACUAUGAUUACUCGUGCCCCAAAGAAGAUGAUCCUUCUGUAUCCCAUUAAAAUUCCUCAUCCAAGAGAUAAAAAUUUAAUCAUAGUCAUCUAAACCCCCAACACACAACAAAAUAGCAAGGAAAGCUGGGAACUGAAGAAUAGUUUAUGGGGCGCCUGGGUUGCUCUGGUGGUUAAGGGUUUGCCUUUGGCUCAGGUCAUGAUCUCUGGGUCUUGGGAUCAAGCCCCACAUCGGGCUCCCUGCUCAGUGGGGAGUCUGAUUCUCCCUUUCCCUCUGCCCCUCCUCCUGUUCAUGCUUUCUCUCUCCUUCAAAUAAAUAAAUAAAAUCUUUAAAAAAAAAAAAAGGACUAUGGUUGUAAGUAGUAGCAAAUGGUGUUGUGUUGAUAAAUACCAAGCAUAGUUAAAAAGGUGGGGAAUUUAAUUGUGUUCCAGAAAGAAAAGGCUGUUAAGACCUUCUAGAUGAACCAGAGAGUUGGAACAAUAAUUAAGUGAAAAACCAACUUGCCCUUCCUCAUUGGAAGGUGCAAGAACGAGAAAGAUGAUGUAUUUGAGGUUUCCCGGCUGAGCUCCAGCCACUGAUCUGAAGGCCCCAGAAAGCAGCCACGGAAGCUAUACGCGUUUUCCCCUCCUGAAUUACCCAGAUAAUUGCUUUUCAGCCUAUGUUCCACUAACCUGGUACUAAAAUCCGCUCACUUAACUAUUACAUGGGCCACAACUGCCACUUCAAAUGAAAACCCAGGAAGCCAAAUCGCAGCUGCUGUUGAAAGUGUAUAAUUAGCUCCUUGUGCAGCCUGACCUCACUGAUUUCUCUGACGUAUUUGGCCUGCCAUGUGCCCUUUCUGAGACCUCCAGCAUCUUCUCCACAGCUGGAGAUGCCCCAAACUGCACGGAGCACUUCCUGUGGAUGUGGCCUUACAUUCUUAAGGCUGAGCGCGGAGUGGAUUGCUUUUCAACCACGCUGCCUAAUCAUGCUUUUUAAAAUACAACAUGGACUAUGAGUGGCUAUAUCAGACAUAGGAGGGUUCCCGCCUUUCUUUUUCUUUUAAAAAAUGAUUUUGUAAUGAUGUCUUCUCAAGAAACACUAUAAUUGGUCAGCCUAGGGUGCGUUUUUUAUCCUCCCAUAUAACGUCAUUAGCUAUUCUCAGGAGAGGAAAGGCAGGGUAUGCCCCCUGGGAGAAUGACCACACUUGUUUCAAGUUGGGGAAGAGCCUGUGGGUCUUUUCCUGCGUUUGGGGGAAAGCGAACACACAAUGUUCGUUUCCUAAAUACGGGAUGUGCUGUGUGGCUGGCAGGUCAUUUUCCACCAUGUCACAUCCUUCUGGUUGAAGGCAGCAGGGGCUAGGACAGGAAAUGGCAAAUUCUCAGAAUGAGACAAGGCUUUCCCAGGGCAGUCAUUGGUUCUCUGGGACUAUAAAACAUGCUCAUCCAGAAACAGCCUCAGAUUUUUCUUUCCUGGAGAUAGCCAGAAGUGAAUGGUAAGUGGGGGAGGCGAGAGGGAUUCUGUCUAAAAGACAGUCAUUGGAAUUGUAAUCCUGGGGUUAUAUCCUUGGUCCACUACAUAUUUUAUGUGACGUUUCCUCAUUUUGCUAAGAGGUGUCUUUGCCUGGGAAUGUAUCACUGGUGGGUGGGAUAACCGGGGCAUGCAAAUAAAAUUAAGACCAAGGAGUCAGGAGACAAGGAUUCUAGACGGUUUUGUGAAGAAUCAGCUGCAUCUUGAACAUGUCUGUAUUUCGAUUUUCUCAUCUUUCAGAGAAUAAUGAUUCUGCUCUGAUACCUCACAGUAUUGAAAUGCUCUAUUUCUAUGGCUCAUUUGCCACUUUCAAGAAGUUCCUAAUAAUGAGGAGUACAGUGGAUAUGAAGGUGGGACUCUCUAGCAACUAGGAAGGAGGUACCUUUACCCCAGAAACACAGUUCUCUUUCUUAGUCAUCUUCAGUUGACUUCAACUUGAUACGAGGUAGCCCUCGGGCAUGGAGCGGCCGGCGGCCCGGGAGCUGCAGGGCGCCGACGCGCUACGCCGCUUCCAGGGGCUGCUGCUGGACCGCCGCGGCCGGCUGCACGGGCAAGUGCUGCGCCUGCGCGAGGUGGCCCGCCGCCUCGAGCGCCUCCGCCGGCGCUCCCUGGCGGCCAACGUGGCUGGCAGCUCGCUGAGCGCCGCGGGCGCCGCGGCCGCCAUCGUGGGGCUCUCGCUCAGCCCGGUCACCCUGGGCGUGUCGCUGGUGGCGUCGGCCGUGGGGCUGGGGGUGGCGACCGCCGGAGGGGCCGUCACCAUCACGUCCGACCUCGCCCUGAUCUUCUGCAAUUCCCGGGAGCUGCGCAGGGUGCAGGAGAUCGCCGCUGCCUGCCAGGACCAGAUGCGCGAGAUCCUGAGCUGCCUCGAGUUCUUCUGCCGCUGCCAGGGCCGCGGGGACCGCCAGCUGCUGCAGUGCGGCCGGAACGCCUCCAUCGCCCUGUACAACUCUGUCUACUGCGUCGUCUUCUUCGGCUCACGUGGCUUCCUCAUCCCCAGGCGGGCGGAAGGGGCCACCAGGGUGAGCCAGGCCGUGCUGAAGGCCAAGAUUCAGAAACUGGCGGAGAGCCUGGAGUCCUGCACUGGGGCCCUGGACGAACUCAGCGAGCAGCUGGAGUCCAGAGUCCAGCUCUGCACGAAGGGCGGCCGUGGCCGCGACCUCAAGAUCUCUGCUGACCAGUCCGCAGCGCUGUUUUUCUGAGAACAUCCUUUCCCCUCAUGACCGAGGCCAGAAACCAUCCCCAUGGGAUGCUCCAGAUUUGUAGCUCCCUCAGGAAAACAACACCAAGUUGGACGAGGAGCGGAAUGCAAAGGAUGAGAAAGACUGUUCUUGAAACUGGGGGGACGGAGGGAGUGCUCAGAGUCCUUCUUUUCCCAUCACCGUGGCAUCCUGCCUGGGGUUGUAUGCUAGGGACAUUUUACUUGCCUAAUCCUAUGGGCUAUGUGAACUGACAACUCUUCUUCCUUUAUCAAAACCGUUCAGUUGCCACACUGGUGGGCACCCCUGUAUUAAAGUUGACUCAGGGUCCUUGCCCCAGCCCCGGUGGUUUGAGCAGAGGUUGGGGAGGCUGUGUGUGAGGCCACCCUCUGGGGCCCCUCUAAGACCCACUAGGCUCUGACGUCCUCAAAAUGAGGAGGAGACACUAGCUUUUAAAACUUCUCUUCCAGAGUUUCUGAGUUUAAAACAACUCCAGAGUCUGGAGCAAAUCAGGUCCCUCUGAACUGUGUAGCAGGGUUCAGGACCCAAGAGGGGCCUCUCCCAUUCACACACUCUUCCCUCCACCCUCUGGGUGCCUGCUCUCAAAUCCAGCCUGGGGCAGGGUGGGUAUUUCUGAAGGGCUUCAUAGCCAGACCUCUGGAUAUUCUGGGAGGGAAACCAAGUAAACAGUCAUCUGAAUCCCACCCCCUUGCAACAAGCUGCUGAGGCCAAGGAUGAUGAAGUGACGCACAACCUUCCUUACCCGCAUCCUAGUGCACAGAAGAGAGCAGUGGCUUUGAGUUAGUCCUGGGUUUAUUAUAGGCUCUGUCACUACUGUGAGACCUUGGCCACUUAAUUUCUCUGAGACUUGGCUUCCUGGUCUGUGAAACAGAUGCUAAAGUCACCCUGUUUUAAGGUAUUGAGAUGAAGUGCCAAGCACAGUGUCUGACUCAGGAAGUGUGUGCCCCCUCCCCCCCACCCCCUCCGACUGGCAACAUUAGCAUCACGUGGGGACUUGGUAGAAAGGCAACUUCUUGGACUCAACAGUCGACCUAAGGAAUCAGAAACUCUGGAGGUGGGGCCCAGCAGCUUGUGUUUAAAACAAGCCCACAGGGGAAUCCUGAUAUCCACUAAGUUUUGAAGAGCACUGCAACAGAUGUUGUUGGUUUCUGAUCCCUUCGUGGGCGUUCAUGAAGUCUCAAGGCCUCUCCAGGGGCUCCAUGGUCUUCAGAGUCAUUCACAGAAGGUAAAGGACAGACAGGGUCCCAAAAGUGAAAGAAAGAGUAUGUGCAGGAUCUGUCAGGGCGUCCUGGGGCAAUUUCCCACCCUGGGAAGUAAGGGAUAUAACAAAAUGCCCCUCUAGAGGGCAGUGUUGCCUACUCAUUGUAGGAACUGGUACACAAAGGACCUUGAACUUAAUGCAAAUUGACCUUUGUUACCUUCUCUGAAGGCUGCUGGGCCUUGUAUUUUUUUUUUUAAUUUAUUUUAAGUUUGUUAUUUAAUUGCUGUUUAUUAUUUGCAUUUAAUUGUAUUUAAUCACCAUGCCACGUUUAGAAAAUAAUAGGAAUAGCAUGUUUCUGAUUGGGAGGCUAUGGAGGCUCUUUUUGGGAGAUGACGCUGAGUUUUGCCUUCCUAAGGUGGGGCACGAGUUGGAAAUAACAUUGCUCUCCUUGAGUAAGUCUCUCUCCAGAAGAGGGGGAAUUUUAUUUCCUAGUGAUCUGAGCGAUCCUUUUAGGUAAACGUGGGAAGUUCUGAAUAGAGAGACCACGGACGAAUUUAGGCUUCCCAAUGGAGGUUAGACUUGCGGGCUAUAGAAAGGAUGCAAGCAUAUUUAUCCUGAAGGUACAUCGCCAGCAAAUAACACUUGACCCGAAAGCGAACCUAUUUUGUUCGGGGAGGAAAAGAACCCAUUAGAGGCAUGAGAGGGAGGCACUCAGACCAGGGCAGCCUCAUGUCUUGUGACAUUAUGUCUUGUGACGUUAUGUCUUGUGGGUGAUAGGCAAAUAGCUUAUGUGGUGAUGUGUUAUAUUUUCACUUUGGGUGCUGUAGGGAAUCUGCAAGCUGUCUCUAAGAAAAUAGUUAUCAUUUCUUCAAUUUCCAUUCCUACAACCAUAAUGUUGAAAAUACGUUGAAAAGCCUUUGGGAACCACACACCCAACACUUGGCUGUGUUAUUUAAUUGUUUAACAUGCUUUACAUUUACCCAGUCUACCCCCAUGUUUCCCAGUGGUGGCAGAGUGUCUGAGGAACUGUAAUCUCAGCGCUGGGGAGAGGGCUUAGUGGUUCUGUGUUUUUAUUUCUCCUAUAAAUCGCAAUUGAUCCUUGUUUCUUUUGAAGCUGGCACUGGUUUCUUUUUAAACUGUAUCAUUUCUUAGACCACCUUGUAUGAAUGCUAGCAUUUUAGAUCACCAGAAUGUACUUUACCUCGUUGUCUGGGUUGUGUCUCAAAGGCACAACUACUCCCUGACUCCAUCUUUUAUUAAUGCUUAAGUUUGCAUCAUAGUCUUCCAAUGGGUGUGUUGUUCCCUAGAAAUUAACUGGGCAUUUCAGGACGCAACAGGAGCAACAGCAGCAGCAAACUUCUCGUAUCAUUAGGGUAUUUUGGGGAUCUCAAAGUCAUAAAUUCCCAAAGUUAUCAUUCCAGUGGCCCCCUUUACAUCUAAGGAAGAGUGUCUACUUUGGAACAAUACUUUGCACAUUAUAGGAGCUCAAUACAUGCAUUUAAAUAAUUUAAUGAACUGCUUAGCUAUAGUAUUAGAAUUUAUUGGUAAUGAAAUGUUAUCCAUUCUUUUCUGGAUCUGAUAUAAAAAGUGGAGCCUCUACCAGGAUUUAGCCAAGUCCAGUUAAAUGGAUCCUAGAGACAAAUACUUAUUUAUUUCUUUUGGGGGAAUGCAAAUAAGGCUUUUCCUUAAGGUCUUCAUUCUGUAAACAAACAGAUUGAAAUGGUAUGUUGCAAAAGGAAGAAGAGAGAGGAGUAUUUAGAUUACAAAUGUACUUCAGAAAAAUGUCCAAGCUUGAAAAAUAAAAAUUUUGUUCUAAGAUAUAA